AUGAGGCGUUUGAAUCAGAUCGGGCUAAGGUUUUUGCACUUGGCAAUGAAUUGGUUGACGCAUACUUUCGUCACAUCGAAUCAUGACCAGGCGAUGAUCGAUGGAAGUGCAUGGCCCAUUGGUAUCCAGGACAUCAACAAUGACUUGACGUCUGUGGUGGCUGCGAUCCAAAGCUCUGGCAGCUUGGGCCAUAUGCCAACAGCAGCCGGCAGGCACGUUCCUCAUAACUUCAGGCGACCUGACUUGCGCAUUGCCAUCGUGAGUUUGUGCGUCAAUGGGCCCAGUCCAGAAAGGGGGUCACGGAGAGGCAUGGCCCUGGCAGCUUCGAAAUGGCAGGACUUGGAAGCGCUCAGCGCCGGGGAUAUCCGCCGACUGCUGACACGCGAGGGAGUGAGCUGCCGUGGAUGCAUUGAAAAGGGGGACUUUGUGCGACUGGCUGCAAAGACCUUCAGACUCGAUGGUUCACAGCCUGAAGAAGCAAAGCCGAAUGAGCCGGAGCAAGACGAGCGCAGCCCGAGUUGCGGCAGCAUCCGCUCUGAUUGGAGCGAGGAAGCCUUGAGGGCCAAGGCUAACGAUGCCAAGGCGCAAAAGGAGGCGAAGCGAAGCCCCGACCGCAACCGGCGCCGGAGGGACGACAGUCGCGACUUGAGCCCUGGCAGUUACAAGCCCCGUGACUGGAGCGUUGACUCCAUGAAGAUCAGUGCGGACGAUGCAGCAGCCUUGACCUUUGGUGCGGGCGGCCGCACAGUGGAACGCAUCCAGCGGGUGUCCGAAGCGGAGGUGGAGCUCCUGGACAAAGAACUCAUUUUAGAGGUGCGUGGCACGGAACUGCAGCGGAGACGUGCCAAGAAAUAUGCCAACAUUAUCAUGAAGCAACGCAUGGGCCCAAACAUGAUCACAGAGGACUUUGAGGACGGUGAUCUCACCAUUCUCUGUGUCCCACCUGAUGUGGUUGGCUACGUUCAGGGACAAGGUGGAAUGGUGCUGCGUAGCAUUGAAGAGGAAUGGGGCACACUGAUGGUCUUCAUUGACACGGAUCUGUCGAAGGCCCAGCGCUUGGCUCUGUUCGGUAGCAUCCGGGGCCGUCGCGGCAGCGAAUUGAAAGUCCUGAGUGCCAUCGAGACCAAGAUGGGCGGUUACUUUGCGUCCGUACGAGAUUCGGUCAUCAGCCGGGACAAGUACAAGGACCCCACAGGCACAUGGGGCACCGAUACCAUGACUUUCAGAGACGAAGGAGAGAUCUCCUAUGCCUUGGGCAAGCAGGGUGGCACGAGGAAGAAGCUAGAACGAUCCUCUGGCGCCAUCGUCCAGUACGUGGGCAUGGUUGCCGUGGUCUCUGGAACAAAAUCUGAACGCUGUCGUGUUCGGGAGUACAUGAAGUGGCUCUUUCAACAGCUGGAAGGCCCUGUCUAUGUAGCUGGCUGGGAGGAUCGAGAAGAUUGCACAGUGGUGGACAUACCAAGUGAUUGCAUCGGAUACAUCACCGGAAACCGGAGAGCCACCUUGGGGUUGAUGGAGGAGGAGUGGGGGACCCUGAUGUUCUUCAUGAGUGAGGAGGGCGGUCGCGGACGUGGCGGUGGCACAGAGAGACUCGCCAUCUUUGGACCCCAACGUCCACGCCGUGGCUCAGAGUUGAAAGUCAUGAGUGGUAUUGAAACCAAGAGCCCCGGCUUCUUCACCCGAGGUCUCCGUGAGAAGCAAUCCGAAAGAAGAGCCUUCGACACGGACCGCAUGAUCUUUCGCGACGACGAACUGAGUUAUGCGCUCGGGAAAGAUGGCGCAACCCGGAAGAAGUUGGAAUUGGCUUCCGGGGCCAUCCUGCAAUACGUGGGCCAUGUGGCCUUCAUUGCAGGCACGCUGAAGGAGCGGAGGCGUUGCCGUGAGUUUGUCAAUUGGCUCCUGCAGCAACGUCGCGGCUCUGUGACCAUCACCGACCUCACGCGACGGGAGGAUGUGACGGAGGUGAAAAUCCCGGACAGCUGCAAGGGCUGGGUCACUGGCAACCGUGGCAGCGAGCUUCGCCGCAUGGAGCAGGAGACCGGCACCUUCAUGUUCAUGGCCCUGGAUUCAAGGGGCGAUGAAAGGUUGCUGAUCUUCAGCACCUACGCUGGCACCAAAACUGGGCUGGGAGGCCGUCGCCACGCUGAGCGACUGGUCAAUGAGAUGAUCGACGAGAAGCUCCGCAGUGACAUGGACCGUCGUGGAGGACGACGGUCUCGCUCUGACAGUCGACGCCCUCGUCGUCGCUCUAGCAGAUCUCCAUCAUGGUCGCCAAGAGCCAGGUCCCGCUCGCGCGACCGCGGCGACCGCGGCGACCGCGGCAUGCGGAGCUGGGACUAG